UUUCGUUAAACCCUACACAAUAGCUGCUUCCGCACCUUAGAUUCACAUUCGAAUUCUCACACAUCUCCAUUUAAAGACAAGAAACUCAGAAAAAACCCCAAUUUCGUCGAUUGUAUAGGUCAUAGUUAACAAUAACUUUGUUUUGGCAGUAGAAAUAAACAGUGUUGGGUGGAAAAGAUGCCGCUCUAUGAUUGUAUGUUGCUGCUGAAACCCCAUGUGAAAAAAGAAAUGUUGAUGGAGUUGAUAGGACGAGUUGGCAUACAUGUUUGCAGAAGAAAUGGGGUUAUUACUGAAAUCAAAUCAUAUGGGACCGUUCAGUUGGGAUAUGGUAUCAAGAAGCUUGAUGGAAGAUACUUUCAGGGCCAAAUGAUGCAGUUGACAAUGAUGGCUACACCCAAUAUGAACAAGGAGCUACAUUACCUGAACAAGGAAGAUAGGCUACUGCGUUGGCUUUUGGUUAAACACAGAGACACAAAAUAUGGGGUGGAGAUUCUUAGUGAAGAAGAUGGAAAAGCUGAGCUUAGCAAAUUUUCCCAAAGCAGGGUUUCUGAUGAUGAGGACCUUGAUGAAGAUGAUGACGAUGAUGAUGAAUAUGAAUAUGAUGCGGAGCAAGAGGAAACGAAAGAUUAGUGAUCGAAUAUGUUCAUCCUUUUUCUAGUAAGGUUGAGAUCAUCUCCUUUUUUUUUUUUUUUUUUGUAUCAGUUAAGAGUAAUGAAACUUUUAAUUGUAAUUCUGCUGCCAACUGCUAAUCUAGUGUGAGCUGUAAGUUUAGUUCUUCUGGACCUUUUUGCUUAUUUUUCAGCUCGUAAACUAAAGGGACCUAAGAACAACUCUUUUUCUGGGACUUCCAUGUUAUGGAUUCACUUGAUUGUAGACAUUUGAGAAUGA